GGGGUCUGUCCCCGCAGAAAGAUCCAGGAUUCAGGGGGAAGCACAGGGAGCGAGGACAGGCCUCUCUCAGAAGCCCUCCAAAGCCAGCUGGCCUGGCUUUGAAAAUACGCGAGAGAGAGAGAGAGAGAGAGAGAGAGAGAGAGAGAGAGAGAGAGAGAAAAGGGAGUGGGAGAGAGAGACGGAAAGAGAGACAAGAAAGAGAGAGAAGACAGAUAGAAAGAAGAGUGAGAAGGGAGAGAAAGAGAGAGAGGAACAUAGAGAAAGUUAGACCGAGAGAGGGACUAAAGGUGAAAGGAACACAGGCAGAAGUACAGAGUGGACGAAAGGAAAAGGAAAAAGAGAAUCCUCUUGUGAGAAAGGCGCUCAAAGGCCCCAAAUCUGCAGCAGGUUCUGUCAAAGCAUUUCUACAGCAACAGAGGAACAGGACUCUUUUCUCCGGAAGAAGAAGGCAACAGAAGUGUGAAAAAAGAAGGAAACCCUGAAGACUGAGGACCUGAACUAAGGGCUGGAUUUCAUUGGUCCAGCUGAGAGGAGAUCUCCGCUGUGAUUGGUGGAUUGCGUGGAGGGGAGCCGGACCGCGGAAAAGCCAGGGAACGCGGACAAUGCGCUAGAGGAGCGGAGCGAGGACAAGCUUGGGAGUUUUUCCGAUCUUCAGGGGGGCGUCAGGGAGUCGGCAGGGAGAGGAGGAGGAGGAGGAGGACAACACGGAACGCCAAAAUGGGUCGGAAGAAGAUACAGAUCACCCGGAUCAUGGACGAGAGGAACAGACAGGUCACCUUCACAAAGAGGAAGUUCGGCUUGAUGAAGAAGGCCUACGAGCUGAGUGUGCUGUGCGACUGUGAGAUCGCCCUCAUCAUCUUCAACAGCUCCAACAAGCUGUUCCAGUACGCCAGCACCGACAUGGACAAGGUCCUGCUGAAGUACACCGAGUACAACGAGCCCCACGAGAGCCGGACCAACUCCGACAUCGUGGAGAAAUUAAGACUCAAAAGCCAUAUUGACUGUGCCAGCUCUGAUGUGGAUGACUGUUUUGGGCACAGCCCCCGUGUGGAGGACGGUUUCGGCAAGAUUAGCGAAGAGGGGGAGUUCAUGUACAAGCGCUGCGGUGCGCUAAACAAGAAGGAGCACAGAGGCUGCGAUAGCCCGGACCCAGACUCCUCCUAUGUCCUCACCCCCCACACAGAAGAGAAAUAUAAAAAAAUUAAUGAGGAGUUUGAUAAUAUGAUGAGAAAUCAUAAAAUCCCCACCGCCCUGCCGCAGCAGAAUUUCUCCAUGCACGUGGCGGUGCCCGUGACCAACCCCGGCGGCCUCUCCUACAACCCCGCCAACUCCCUGGGCGGCCAGUCCCUGGUGGGCGCCUCGUCGCUAGGCGACGGCGGGAUGCUCUCGCCCCCGCAGGGCUCCCUCCACAGAAGCGUGGCGUCCCCCACGGUCCCCCAGCGACCCCCAAGUGCCGGCAGCACAGGGAACGGCUUCAUCAACCCGCGGGAGUCUCCCGGGCUCCUGGGCACGCCCAGUGGGAACGGCCUGGGAAAGGGGAUGCCCACCAAGUCCCCGCCGCACCCUGGAGUCAACAUGGGCAUGGGGGGCCGCAAGCCAGACCUGCGUGUGGUCAUCCCUCCGUCCAGCAAGGGCAUGAUGCCCCCUCUGCUGUCGGAGGAGGAGAUGGAGUUGAACGUCCAAAGGAUCAGCAGUAGCCAGGCUGUGCAGUCAUUGGCCACCCCGGUGGUGUCAGUCACCACGCCCAGCCUGCCUCCACAAGGACUGGUAUACUCGGCCAUGCCCACUUCCUACAACACAGAUUACUCCCUCAGCAGCGCAGACCUCUCCGUGCUGCAGGGGUUCGGCUCCCCCGGAGGCCUCUCUUUGGGCUCGGCGUCGGCAUGGCAACAGCACCAGCUGAGCCAGGUGGCCCUGGGCUCCAUGGCAGGGGGCUGCCACAUACCUCAGGGCUCCAACAUCUCGAUCAACACCAGCCAGGGCGUGAGCAUCAAGUCGGAGCCCAUCUCCCCCCCGCGGGAGCGCAUGACCCCGUCGGGCUUCCCCCCCCAGCAGCAGCACGGCCACGCCCCGCCCCACGGCCACCACCCGGGCCGGCAGGAAGUGGGCCGCUCGCCGGCGGACAGCCUCAGCUCGUCCUGCAGCUCGUACGACGGCAGCGACCGCGAGGAGCACCGCCCCGACUUCCACUCCCCGCUGGGGCUGGUCCGGCCGGCGGGCGGGGCCGAGGGCCGCGAGAGCCCGUCCGUCAAGCGCAUGCGCAUGGACGCCUGGGUUACAUAGUCGCCCGGGCAACCGGCCUGUCGCCAUAGCAACGUUCGGCAUGUUUCUGUUGGG